CCUCCGGGAGUGGGAAGACCGCCACCGUCAUUUGGCCGGCACGGUGGUGACAGUGUCAAAACACAAAACGGGCGACACGGAGCCGGCCACCAUCGUGCUGGACGAACAGAUGGACGGCUGGAUGGAACGAAACUACCUGCUACGGAAGAGGAUCGGGUGUGACCGCCCCAAUUUUUUUGUCACCAACCGGGGCAAGAUAAUCAAUCAAAUUUACGACUACGUGUCCAAAACGUUCGGGGCAAGGCUGACGGCGUCAAUAUUUAGGCGGAUGGUGGAAACGUCCGGCCGCGAUCACGGUGAUGCAACGUCCGGGGCCAUCGCACAGGCGCUGCAGCACUCUGUCCGCACGGCCGGGCAGUACUACCGGCUGACCGACGCCAAGGAGGCGCUCAGGCGGAACCAAAACAUACAGGUGGUGGACCACACGGCUAUGGUUAAAAGCUACGUCGACAAGAACUUCGAAGACUUGUUCCCGCUGGAGCCGUACCACAAGUUCAACCCCGACGACUGGUUGGCGAAAAUUAAGGAAUCGGUAGUGUACAGGGAGUACCCCUCUGCAUCUAUCGACCUUUAUUACGUCGACCAGCUCGGGGAUCGUGGGACCUUCCCGGCGUCCCCGAGGCACCCCAUUAUUUCGUGGACGACCUCGUCUGCGUUGAGGACGACACCCCGAUUGGGUACUUUGGAAAUCUGCCGCUGAUCGAGCCACCGAGAUUGGCACCGUCGCCACGAGUUCCUCCCGCCACAUCGACCAUCCGGCAGGAAAAGCCCGCUACCACCGCCCCCGCCACCACCAUUACCGCCUAGACGCCCGUGCCGUGAGCAUUGAAUUGUCGAUUAACAUUCCUCUCCGAUCCGCGACGUGGUCUAAUCUCUUAAAUGAUUUUUGUGUCAGAACCGUCAGAAAGGCAGUCCAGGAGUCGGGUCUGAACAAACAAUUGCCCAGGACGCACCCGCUGAUAGUUAUG